CUGGAUUGCCGAGGAGGCCCCAGCCAGGCCUCGCAAACGAAGCAGGCGCACUUCGCUAGACAUGCGCAUGCAUGGACGUGGAGGAUGAGACGUGCGUUGCCGAUCGCAUGCAAGUUGACAGAGAGGAAUGCGUUUUACCGGCGCUGCGGCAAAUCGCGGAGAUCAUCACAAAGGCAGCUUCGCAGACGGACGUGCCGCGCCGCCGACUGCGCCGCGAGCCGUGCGCGCCGGAGAUGCUUGUCAAGCUGGGAGCCUUGCAGGAUCUCAGACUCGCCACCGCUGACCCCUCUCACCGACAUGUUUUCGCAGCGGCUGCCAACAAGGUCCGGAAGGAUAUAGGAUAUGCCGCGAGGUCGUUUUUGGAAGGAGUGCAGAAUUUGGUGAAGGCACGGUUCGAAAUUCAAGUUUCGCCGACGCUUCACGGGGAAAGGGCGCGCGAAGAAUAUCGAACGGGAUUUGAUGAUGACAGAUAUGGCGGAGGUCGUGGAUCAUCCAAAGCAGUUUUACGAGUGUGAAUAUUCGGGCCUGGAGGGCCAUUCGCCGCCGAAGUGGAUGCAUCGCCGAUGGUCGAACGAGGACCUCGAGGCAGUGGGGAACGUCACUGGUUUGAAAGUGCGUAAGUUGGCAGUCGGUUGAAGCAUGGCAAGACAUGUUCGCGGGAGGUCUUGUUGGUUUCAGAGAUGUCACAGGCGAUGUUAUCGGAGGCUUUUGAUGUCUUGCCGGAAUGUUAUGUUCUACGUUUGCUCAACCAUGCGGCGACGGACGAGGAUGAUUUGUUCGAUCUUCACGAAAUCAUUUUGUUUGUAAAAUUUGGCAACCUGGAGCUGAUGAAGGGUUUUCGUAAUCUUGCCAUUCUGUCUGUAUUUCACAAGUUGUACAGCAGCCCGAU